AAGAAUAAAGUUCCCGAGGUUUCCUUAAGGCGGGAAAAUCACAGGCUAGUGUGAGAGUGUGUUGGAAGAUGGCGGGUUGGUCAUACCCAGAUGCUUCUCUGGAAGAUUUGGUGAAAAUGGUGAAAGGGUUCAUAGAUAUGACCAUUCUUGCUUCUGGGUAUCAAUCAUCUGCUCGUCUUGCCCACUGGGAUUCACAUAACAUCAAAAAUGCGCUUCAAUGGGCUCUCUUUCUCCAGGAUGUGAUGAGGGAUUUAAGUAGCUCAGAUGACUACAAAGACUCUUUGGAGGAGCUUGAUUUAGCUUUAUGUGAAAUGACCUCUAAUCCAUAUCUCCCCCAGAGGGAAGGCUCCCUCCUGUUAUAUUUUGAACAGGGUCUAGCACAUUUUUCCUCAAAGGUCCUUAGCAAAGCGAGUGAAUUCAUGCUAGAACAUCUCAUCAGCGUCUUUCCACUGAGAGAUGAACACCUCAAAGCUUUAAUGACUGCAAGUGUUGAGAUGGAUUGUCACACGCACCAGAAGACAGAUAGUAGAUCUCUCAAUGACAUUUUUGAAACCUUGAUGUGUAAUACAUCUAACAACACUAUUCCUAAUGAGAAAAAAAUUCUAAGGGAGGAAUCUCUAAAUUUAUUGCCAAAUUCUUCUCCAAGUGGACAAGCUGAUGAUUCAAUCAGAUGUUGGUUUUCUCCCUUCACUGCACAAGCGCUUGAAAGGAGGCAACUAUCAGUUUCAUUGAUAUCUUCAGCAGAGACAGGGUUGAACAUUUUGUCUAGUGGCUUAAGAGAUCUAUAUGUGAGGGAGGAUGACGAUGCCUUAAAUGUAAAAAUGAAGCAGACAACAAAUUUCAUGACUGAAGAAAGACCAAUCGGUUCUGCUGUCUGGAGUUCUUGGAAAUCGAGAAGCCUCUCAUAUUUGCUUGACAAGAGAACUAUUAGGCUGGUCUCAGGUGCCAGCCUGCUGUUUUCUGGACCGAAGAGUCAAUGGAUUCAAGUGUUUCAGCGGAUAGAAAUGUCAUCACUACUCGAGGAUAGCUUGUGCGAAAUAGUUGAGCUCGCGUUACUAGCAUGUGUAGUGGAUAGAUGGAGUUUUCUGAUUGAACGUUUGAUGUUGACCUCUAAUGAAUUUGUCACUACUUCGAGGCUAUACAAUGAGGUGCAUAGCUUGGUACAGAGAGGUUGUAGAGAGGAAAUCAUCAACUCAAAGGAAAAAGGAAUUAUUGAGUACCUUGAGUCUUUCUUACACAAUCGGCUAUAUCUCUUGUGGGAACUAUCUCCAGUCCUAGCAGCAUUUGCAAUUCCUUCCUGGUCAAAUUUGUUCAGAAAAUAUCUGACAGAGCUUGACAGUCAAGUUACAGGAGACCUUUCAUUAACUAGUACCAAGGAAAGGAAGGAGCACAGAGAAUGUGAUGUUGCCGAGAGAAUUUGGUGCCUUCAUGUUUGUCAUAUUGGUGGUUCUGAUGUAGAAUCUGGUUGAUUUAGCGCUUGACAAUAUUUUCUCUUGAAGGUGUAACUGGGAUGUUGAAGUGGCACGGACAGAGAGUUGCACACAGCAGCUCUGAUGUUAUAGAGGUUAGUGUUGAAAGAAGAGCACCCAUGAAUUGUU